AUGUAUGUCAUGAAGAUCCUUAUUGUGGUAUUCCCCCCUCGGAAAGUUGGAAACAACAUAAAUGCCCUCAAUAGAGAAUGCUUACAUAAUCCACCAUGGUACCUCCAUGUGGUGAAAUACUGUGCUGCCACUGUCAACGAGAAUAUUGACCAGGUGAAAACUACUCUCUACAGUACCCCAGCCCUUGCUUGGCCACGAGGUCCACAAGUUGAUUCUGGAGCAAUUAACUGUAGCAGUGCAGACCUCAGGGAGAGAUGGCAUUCUGGGAGACGGACAGCGAGUUAUGUGAAAGUGCAUGUGGAUCCAUCCCCACCUGCUCCCAGGGGGCCACCAUCCAGCGCACUGAACGGCCCGCGCCGCGCUCUCGGACGGGCUCGGCCUGAGGGCGGGGAAAUAGGGCUGGGAACGGGCGCGGGCGCGCUCCGGCUCUCCUCCGGCGCAGAGUCUCGUCACGUAGGGGGCGGGGCGGCUAUAUUACGUGCGCGGCGCCGCCCCUGCGAGAGGACGUUGCGUGCUCGCUCGCGCCAGGCGAGUCUCCGCGUCUCCCUCGCGAACUCGGUGAAAGGAUUUGGCGCCGUUCGACAACCAGGAGACGGAAAAACAGAACAGAAAGGCGGAGAUAAAAAGAGAGGUGUUAAAAGACCUCGAGAAGAUCAUGGCCGAGGAUAUUUUGAGUACAUUGAAGAAAACAAGUACAGCAGAGCCAAGUCUCCUCAGCCACCUGUUGAAGAAGAAGAUGAGCACUUCGAUGACACAGUGGUUUGUCUUGAUACUUAUAAUUGUGAUCUACAUUUUAAAAUAUCAAGAGAUCGCCUCAGUGCUUCUUCUCUUACUAUGGAGAGUUUUGCUUUUCUUUGGGCUGGAGGAAGGGCAUCUUAUGGUGUGUCAAAAGGCAAAGUCUGCUUUGAGAUGAAGGUUACAGAGAAGAUUCCUGUAAGGCAUUUAUAUACAAAAGAUAUUGACAUUCAUGAAGUUCGAAUUGGCUGGUCACUGACUACAAGUGGAAUGUUACUUGGUGAAGAAGAAUUUUCGUAUGGGUAUUCUCUAAAAGGAAUUAAAACAUGCAACUGUGAGACAGAAGAUUAUGGAGAGAAGUUUGAUGAAAAUGAUGUUAUUACAUGUUUUGCUAACUUUGAAAACGAUGAAGUAGAGCUCUCCUAUGCCAAGAAUGGACAAGAUCUUGGCGUUGCCUUCAAAAUUAGUAAGGAAGUUCUUGCUGGACGACCACUCUUUCCACAUGUUCUCUGCCAUAACUGUGCAGUUGAAUUUAAUUUUGGUCAGAAGGAAAAGCCAUAUUUUCCAAUACCUGAAGACUAUACUUUUAUCCAGAAUGUCCCCCUAGAGGAUCGAGUUAGAGGACCAAAGGGGCCUGAAGAGAAGAAAGAUUGUGAAGUUGUUAUGAUGAUUGGCUUGCCGGGAGCUGGAAAAACUACCUGGGUUACUAAACAUGCAGCUGAAAAUCCUGGUAAAUACAACAUUCUUGGAACAAAUACCAUUAUGGAUAAAAUGAUGGUGGCAGGUUUUAAAAAACAAAUGGCAGAUACUGGAAAACUGAACACACUGUUGCAGAGAGCCCCACAGUGUCUUGGAAAGUUUAUUGAGAUUGCUGCCCGCAAGAAACGAAAUUUCAUUCUGGAUCAGACAAAUGUAUCUGCUGCUGCCCAGAGGAGAAAAAUGUGCCUGUUUGCAGGUUUCCAACGAAAAGCUGUUGUAGUUUGUCCAAAAGAUGAAGACUACAAGCAGAGAACACAGAAGAAAGCAGAAGUAGAGGGAAAAGAUCUACCAGAACAUGCAGUCCUUAAAAUGAAAGAUAGGCGGGGCAAUAUGCCACAGAGAGGUGGUGGUGGCGGUGGAAGUGGUGGAAUUGGCUAUCCAUACCCUCGUGGCCCUGUUUUUCCUGGCCGAGGUGGCUACUCAAACAGAGGGAACUACAACAGAGGUGGAAUGCCCAACAGAGGGAACUAUAACCAGAACUUCAGAGGACGAGGAAACAAUCGUGGCUAUAAAAAUCAAUCUCAGGGCUACAACCAGUGGCAGCAGGGUCAAUUCUGGGGUCAGAAGCCAUGGAGUCAGCAUUAUCACCAAGGAUAUUAUUGAAUACCCAAAUAAAACGAACUGAUACAUAUUUCUCCAAAACCUUCACAA